GGAGCACGACUGUAGGGGGCUUUCAUAACCUCAAAUAAUUCUCAAAUUUUCUGCAAGAAUUUAUUUUUUGGGCUUUUUUGGGAUUCUGCAGAGGCCACAGCGUGACCAUGUACAAAUCUCUGUCCAGGAUAUUCAGGAGCCCUGUGCUUCCUGCUCUACCGCUGAGGACAAUGUCAAUGUACAAUCCCCACUUUGUGGAGCCCGUGUUCCGGAAAGAGGAUCAGCAAGUACUCAAGGAGACAGGAGAAGCAGCAAAACUUUCUCACGUGAGGGUUAAAGCAGCCCGGAACAAUCAAACUUCUUCAGUUUUCUUCGAUGAACGCGUCCGGAAGUUCACAAACUACGUCAUGGAAGGUGGGCAGAAGGAACUGGCACGGAGUCUCGUAACCAGGUGCUUUGAGAACAUCAAACGCAUCCAGUUGGAACGCUACAAUCUGGCUAGCCCGGAGGAAAAGGAGAAAAUUGAAACGAAUCCUGUAAAGAUUUUUCAUACUGCUGUUGAGAAUUGCCGGCCACUCCUGCACACAACUCCCAUCAAGAGAGGAGGACAACGGUAUCAGGUCCCUGUUCCAGUUACGGAGAAACGUUCGUAUUUUAUGUCAAUGAAGUGGAUUCUGGAGGCAGCGCUGGAUAAAGACAGGAAAGUUCAUUUGCCGGAAAAGCUGGCAUGGGAAAUUCUCGAUGCAGCCGCUUACCAGGGACGCGUGAUAAAGAAGAAGCAGGACCUGCAUAAACUGUGUGAAGCCAACAGAGCCUACGCACACUACCGAUGGAGCUAAACACUGUCCAGGAACUUUAUAGUCUCUAUUAAUAAACUUUCUAAAAUCCUUAAAAUCUAAA